AUGCUAUUCUACAUUAUUGCUGCCUCCAACACGACUAAUAUAACGCUGGUAGCUCUGAAUAUACACAUAAAAACACACGUGCCAAGAUUCCUGACGACUAUGUCUCAGUAUUCGAUAGUGGCCGUCGAUCAGAGACGAAUAGAAGCACCUCUUGUGAUGGUCAUGCGAGCCAUCCCCUGCCUCGGAAUCAAGCUGUUGAAGGUCAUGAGCUUGGCCGUUAUGCCGGGGGCCUGA